UGAUGGAUGAUGACAAGGAAUUCAUAGAAGCUAUCAAAGAUGCCAGUUUAUGUAGUUCUGCCACAAAUGCCAGGAAGCUUUUUGCGAGGAUGUUGGUAUCCAGAUCUAUAUCUCAGCCUCAUGUUGUGUGGGAAGCUACUUGGGAGUAUCUUACCGAAGAUAUCCUUUACAAGAAGCGGCGAGAAACUGGACGACCUGAUAUGAACUUGACCAUAGAGCAGAUCAAAAAUAUUGCUCUUACUGAGAUCGAAAAUCAUUUGCUCAGCAAUGGUCGUAGCCUCAAAAAAUGGCCCCUCAUGCCAAAGCCAGAAGAUUUUGGCUGUUACAACGGCAAUCGCCUUAUAGAUGAUGAGCUUAAAUAUGGUGUGGAAGAUCAGCUAAAGGAAAAUGAAAGACUUAUGGCGAUGAUAACAGAUGAGCAAAUAGGGGUAUACAACCAGAUUCUGAAUGCAGUUUUAAAUGAUAGCGGUGGAGUGUUCUUUCUUUCUGGUUAUGGAGGCACAUGAAAAACCUUCGUAUACAGAGCACUCUCAUCAGCGAUCCGAUCUAGAGGUAUGAUUGUUCUAAAUACCGCAUCCAGUGGAAUUGGUGCAUUGUUGUUGGAAGGAGGUAGAACCGCACAUUCCAGAUUUGGUAUUCCGAUAGAUGCAGACGAAUUCAGUACUUGCAAGAAAAUGGAGUCAGGAUCAGAUCGUGCAGAAUUAGUUAAAGCGGCAAAGUUAAUUGUAUGGGAUGAGGCACCUAUGAUGAGCAGACAAUGUUUCGAGACGUUGGAUCGCACUAUGCGUGAUAUUAUAAGAUCUUCUGAAGACAAACCUUUUGGGGGUAAAGUUGUUGUUUUUGGUGGAGAUUUCAGACAAAUUUUACCGGUUAUACUUGGAGGUGGUAGAGCAGAGAAUGUUUUGGCUGCUCUGAAUUCGUCAUAUCUUUGGGAGCACUGUAAAGUUUUGAAGCUAACAAAAAACAUGAGAUUGCUCGCUGGUCUUACUGAUGAUGUAGCAAAAGAGCUUCAAUCCUUCUCAAACUGGAUUUUGGAUAUUGGAGAUGGAAAAAUAAAUUUGCCUAACGACGGUCAAGUUGAGAUUGACAUCCCUUCUGAUUUGCUGAUAAAAAUUAGUGGAGAAGAACCUAUUGAGACUAUGGCAAAAGAGGUUUAUGGACAAGCUUUUCAAACCUCAAUAGAUAAGGAUUUGUAUAGACAUCGAGCCAUUCUUACUCCCACAAAUGAUGAAGUGGAUAAAAUAAAUGAUUACAUGCUUUCGCAGUUGCCAUGUGAAGAGAAGGUUUACCUUAGCUCUGACAGUAUUAUCCCAUCCGAUGUUGACAUAGAAGAAAAUGUAGUAUAUCCUGCAGAGUUUUUGAACAGUGUUAAAGUGGUUGGACUGCCUAUACAUUGUUUGAAGCUCAAGGUUGGUGCUCCUAUCAUGUUUCUUCGUAACAUGGAUGUUGCAGAUGGCUUAUGUAAUGGUACUAGGCUAAUUGUUACUCAGUUACUGCCCCAUGUGAUAGAAUGUAGAAUUAUAACCGGAAACAAUAUUGCUGGAUAUCCGGUUUGGAUCCCUAGAAUGUUUGUCACACCACUUGACACAAAGUUUCCCUUCAAAAUGCGUCGAAGAUAGUUUCCAGUUACAUUGGCUUUCGCGAUGACCAUCAACAAAAAUCAAGGUCAAACACUGGAAAGUGUUGGUUUGUUUCUGCCUAUGCCAGUGUUCUCUCAUGGUCAGCUCUACGUUGCACUUUCAAGAGUUAAGUCGAGAUCUGGAUUAAAACUCCUAAUAACUGGUAAAGAAGGGAAGCCGGAGACAAAAACAUUGAAUGUUGUCUACAAACAAGUUUUUCAGAAUAUUCCGUAGUCAGGAUGGGUAGUGAUGAGUUAGGAGACCGAUUGUAUUUGAUUACCAUCCAGUUUUCCGACUAUUUCGAUGAUGCUUUUCUCCAUGGCUGAUGCUUUCUCCCAAAGACGGUGGUAUUAUGAUGGUGUGGGCCGGUCACCUGGUACAAAUUGGAAGAGAAGUACACGUCAUUUAAAUCAGUAGAAGUUGCCAAUGAAUGGCUGGAUUAUUAUUUGUGCGUUUUGUGAACCUGACAAUAUUUGUUAUCAGAUUCAUAUGGAUGUGGAGGUGGAUAAAAACUCAAAAACCAUUCAAGUUUGUCAAUAAUCUUAGGAAUUGUAGAGAAACAUUGGACAGGUAGUGGAACUUUGUUUCACUCGGCGUUGGCUCUAUUUUGACUAUGAAAGAAAGUGAAUGCACUUAAGGUCAACGCUUCACGAACUGAA